GCCAUGGACAACUCCUUCCCACAAUGCAAUACCUGCAGCACAUGAACAGAAAAAGCCAGCUACAGAUUAGUUGCACACAUAACCAACUGGACCGAUUUGUACUGCAUUCUGAGAUUAUUAUGGGGCUCAAAGGCAACAGACAUGACCUACCAGAUUCAACCUCCGCAAUCACCACUCUAAUGCUGAAAAGAGUGCUGUUUUCCCCACUGCCAAGGCGAAUGAGCUGUAUGCACGGAGCACCGUAAGCCACUGACCUCCACUCUGCAUCACCUGAACACCCAGCAGAGAGUAUUAGGAAGCGGUAUAGCUAGCCUGAGGGGAAAUGCGCUAACCGACACGAGGUCGGGAGCUCUGCACCCCCUCCAGGCUGUACAGCCUUGCUGUGGUCCUCAUGACGAUGGCAGAGGUCGAUUGGCUGGAUAGGGACACUUCGAUUCGGAACACGGCAUCGUAAGGCAGCAGUAGAGAGGUCCGCUUCUCCGCUGACAUCUCGGCAGACGCUGAGGGGCGUGGCUCGUAGGAUCGGAUCAGGCGGCAAAAUCCCGUUUAGUUCUGCCACGAGUCAGUUACGUCUGCAAGUCACCAAUGAGAGCUCCUGGUAUCACAUAGCCACCAUCGCAAUGCAAGAGGCCUUGCAGAAACCUCGGCAGAAACAAACUACCCACGCAUUCGAGCUGGUGACGUUAUUGAUAAAAGUCCUACCUCACUCCACUUGAGACCACUAUUGUUAUAGCCUGCUACGACUGUUAUUAUAGGCCAUCAGCACGGAGGUUAUUCUUGUUUAGCUAUUGUUAUAUCUGUGUCUUGAGUGUAUAUACAGUAAUAGACUUUCCUGGAAGAAUUUCAAUUAGCUACAGAGAUGGAGCACUGUUUGCCGGUAUUCUAGCGGUCGCGCGUGCGCGUCGUCGCUUGCGAGUGUGCGAACGCGCAUGCGUAUACAUUUUGUCAAAAGAUGGCCGCAGUGGAGACCCACUUGCAGCUCACCUUAGUGAGACAUGGGGAGACCACAGCCAACAAAGAGCGUAUUAUUCAAGAGCAUGGCCGAAACCAGAGCCAGCGAGCAGGCCAGAGACUUGCUGCAGCUGAACUAAUUUCCCACAUCUACUGCUCUGACCUCAGUAGAGCUGUGCAGACUGCAGAAUUGAUCAGAGGAGAGCUCGGCUAUUCUGUGCCGGUGACACUAGAUGAGAGACUGAGGGAAAGGGGCUAUGGCAUUCACGAAGGUAGACCACUCACUGAGCUAGUGGAUGCUGCGCGGGAGGCAGGGGUGAGUGUGAAGGACUACACACCCAGUGGAGGAGAGACCCAGGACUCAGUGGAUGAAAGACUGUCUUCCUUUCUGAGUGAUCUUUGCAGAGCUGUCUGCAAGAUGAACUUGCGACACUCCAUUCCUCGGAAAGAUGGUGGACUCUUGGAGCCAACUUUGCCUUCUCCCCACUGGCAUGUGCUCCUCCACUGGAGGCAGCGGUGGUGCGUGUUCACGAGCACAGGAAACGAGCCUCCAUGUCUCCUAUACUUCACCGACAGACAGGCAGUGCUGACUGGGAGAAUGCCCAUCAACCGAGUACCUCUGGAGAGCUGCUCUAAAGUGGAGCGAGCUCUUAGUCACAGCAGCAGACCCCAUGUAUUUGCAGUCCAUCUUCCUGAAAGGAUCUUCUACUUCUCUGCUGUCUCUCACGAAGAGAUGAUGGCCUGGGUUGAUGCUCUUUCCUCACACCUGAAGCUAGAACCACAAGACAGUGCCCACACUCCUCACUCUAGAACUCUGGAAAGAUCAAAUUUUCCUCGAGCCCAGUCGCCCAGGUCUUCCUCUCCUCCCAGAGAACGCUCCCACUCUCUGCAGCAACCAAGCAAGAAGGAUCAGCCAUUGCCACCUCUCCCGUUCUCCUACCCUUCCUCCUCCCUGGAACCCCCACCUUCGAAUCCUCUGACCACCAGCUCACAGGACCCGCCUCCGUUGCCUGAGCGACCAGAGGAGUUGAGGUACAGUAGGACUCCUCCGCCACCAUUGUCGUGACUACAUCUUAUCGUUAUAUUACAUCACUUGUGGUUUCAUUCUGCUGCCUUUAUCAAUUAAUUAUUAUCACUGUCUAUAAUUGAGAAAGGAAUGCAGACUGUCAAUGGAAAGUGUAAUGUGCGGUAUUCCAUUUAAUGCACAUUUUUGCCCGUAAGACAUAAUGACGUGGCAAGUCCAUUGGAGACACCUCAACUAUGACACACACAUCUAUAUAUACCUGUAUUAAAAGUAAUAAACGUACAAAAGUCUAUGGAUAACUACAAAAAUAUUGAUUGGAGAGUCCUUGAUUGAAAACGGGUUGUUUAUUCCUGGGCUGGAGAGGAAAAGAAUGAGAGGUUAAUCACCAUGACAACAAGGUGGGAGAGGGGCUCACAUGACUGGUGGCCUCCGUUGCUACUGGAGGUCAACUUUGAGCAGACGGUGUUCUGAGCUGCAUGAACCUCAGAGUCAGCGUCGUCAAAGAUGGAGUCAGAGGGAGUGAGUUGGGCCACUAUGUCGUGGGGAGAAGGUCGCAGACUGGGGUCCAGAUGCCAGCACUCCAACAUCAGGUCAUAGCUGGAGGAGAGAUAGAGUCAGUAGCUGGUGGUGGUAGUCAGGUAGUAACAUACAAAGUAGGUGGACAACUCUCAGGCUGCUGCAUGCGAUUCCCAGACUUCAGGAACUCAAUGAACGGCUCGUACGACGUCCCGAGGUUGAAUUCCGGGUAGGGGGUGUGGCCUGGGAGUCACAUAAAAAUGACUUUGAGAAGGAAGUGAGUGGUGAGUGAAGUGUUAAAUUACUUGUGUACUUUUGCCAACAAUAUGGGUUGCUAGUAUACUGACCGUAAGUAAA